AUGUUGUCUUUUAGAGCGAUAGCGCCGAUAGGCAUCUGUGGUGCUGCGUUGACAGUUCAUCUGCGGCACCUCUCCGUGCGUACGGAGGAUUUUUUCAGUAAGGAGGCCAUCAGCCACGCAAGGCGGGUCAGUUGGGCCCCGCACACCACAGAGAAGAAACAAGGUGUAUUUGCCAAGCUGGCACGCUCCAAUUUUUCUGAUCCACUACCAAGCUCAUUUACGCAGGAACCGUAUUAUGAGGAGGCGAUUGAGGCACAUCGUCUUCAUCACAGACCGGAUGUGUACAUUUACAAGUACAAUGUUUCUCCGACGCACAUGUCCCUUCGUGAAUAG